AUGUCUUUGCCAUCUACCUUCGACUUGACCUCAGAAGACGCCCAAUUGUUGUUGGCUGCCAGAGUCCACUUGGGUGCUAAGAACGUCCAAGUUCACCAAGAACCAUACGUCUACAAGGCUAGACCAGAUGGUGUCAACGUUAUCAACGUUGGUAAGACCUGGGAAAAGAUUGUUUUGGCUGCCAGAAUCAUUGCUGCCAUUCCAAACCCAGAAGAUGUUGUUGCUAUCUCUUCCAGAACUUAUGGUCAAAGAGCUGUCUUGAAGUACGCUGCUCACACCGGUGCUACUCCAAUUGCUGGUAGAUUUACCCCAGGUUCUUUCACUAACUACAUCACCAGAUCUUUCAAGGAACCAAGAUUGGUUAUCGUUACUGACCCAAGAUCCGAUGCUCAAGCUAUCAAGGAAUCUUCUUACGUUAACAUCCCAGUCAUCGCUUUGACCGAUUUGGACUCCCCAUCCGAAUACGUUGAUGUUGCUAUCCCAUGUAACAACAGAGGUAAGCACUCCAUCGGUUUGAUCUGGUACUUGUUGGCUAGAGAAGUCCUAAGAUUGAGAGGUGCUCUACCAGACAGAACUCAACCAUGGGCUAUCAUGCCAGAUUUGUACUUCUACAGAAACCCAGAAGAAAUCGAACAACAAACUGCUGAAGAAGAAGCUGUUGCUUCCGGUGAACAAACUGAAGAAGCCGUUGACGCUACUGAAGAACAAACCGAAGCUGCUGAAUGGGCUGAAGAAGGUCAAGCUCAAGAAGAAGAAUGGAACUAA